AUGGAAUACGGCAACGUAUGCUCCUACGGUGCCCGUAUAGGCGAUCUUCCAAAGCUUUUCGCCAACCAGAUACCGAAAGAAUUUUUCAUCUUAAAUGAAAACGAUGCACAAGCACUUGUGAACGACUCCUUAUCGAAGUUGUCAUCCAAUCCUGAAAUACACAAGCAGUUACAGGCUGAUUGCAGGUACAUUAUGCUGCUCCUGGUUCACUUUCUCAGCAUAGAUUCUUUGUUUGUUGAGGAUGAACAUAUCACACUAGAAGGUAUUCUGAAAGUGGUUCCUAAUCGUGAUUCGACUCUGAUGCCAUUGAAAACUUUGGAAUACUUGGAUUCCACUCCUGGAACAACAGAUGCGGAUCGGUCACCGUGUUAUCUAUUCGGGCGGAUUCCGAAACCUGAGGUGGAUUUAUCCUACAAAAACAUCGCUGAAGAAUCCCCAGAAUCCACCGAGGUUCUACAAGACGUCUUCGUCACUGUCAUGAUUUAUCGACCCACUUGUCUUCCCCUGUUGGAUAUAUCUACUCAAGUCCGUAAUCUAUCUGCAACCCAGAGAAUUGUUUUGUUGGGGUCUCAAAAACUAUCGGACUUGAAAGAUGCUAUCCGCUGUCCACAAGACAAGGUUUGGUUAGGAGAUUGUAGUGAUGCCUUGGAUGACCCUGUCCUUCACAUACCCGCAGAAAAACUGUACAAGUCAUCUUAUUUCUUCAUCGAGAAUACCUUCUACGAUGACCUUCGUCAUCCAGAGAAUCACAAGCUAAGCAAGACACUAUUGGAGUGGAUCCGCAGUAAAACUGAAUUUAAUUCAAUGGGUACUUUCACUUCUUCCUCCAUGGACACCGCAGUGUUGAACGACCUGAUCAUCUUCCCUGGUAAACCUUAUUACUACGUGCAUCAGGGAAACUGCGAACAUCUGGUCAUCUUCUCUGAUAUCAGGAAGGUUGGCAAAUAA